AUGCCUCGUGGCAAAGGGUACCGUAGAGCUCAGGCCUUGAAGAACAGACAGCUUAUGCCAAAGCCUGUGGACGAGUUGUUCAAGGUUGUGCCAAGCUGUACGGCUUUUACUCCACGUCAUGGAACAGGCUUCAGGCACAGGGUUUGUCGUUGGCCCUUGUCUCCUAACACAGGCAAAAGCUUGAAGGUUGUCAUCCCACCAGAGUCUUCAGACAAGAAGUUUGUCUUCGUCAUUGGAGAUUCACAUCUCCGAGCCAUUGUGGAUGGCUAUGUGAAGGUGCCUGAGGGGAAGCUGUCCUUUGGCUACCUGUCGGUUCCUGGUGGUACAGCAGCCAACCUUACCACUGAGGUCCGGCAGUUAGUUCUCCGACGUGUUCCAGAUGCAGUGUGUCUACUUGCUCCAAGCAACAAUCUGGACAGUCCAAUUUCUGAAGCAGAAAAAGACUUCAAGUGUCUUUUGAACACCAUUUCCACUCUUUGUCCAAAUGUUUUUGUUUUGGAUUUCCCUCCAAGACUGAGCCAUGACACAGUUGUGCAGGACCAUCUGAGGAUGAUGUUUCACAGAGUCUCAGUACAAAUGGAUGUCAAAUAUUCAUCAAUUGCUGAGCACUUCCCCUUUCAUCGCCUGGAUUUGUGGGGCAGAGAUGGGGUUCAUCUCAGUGACAGUGACGGUAUGGACAUUUUUGCACAAUUGCUCUGGCAAAAAACAUACCUGCACCUCGAAAGUCAGAAGGCCCAGGUUACCCCCAAGAAGUCUGCUGCUAGAGUGGUUGUUCAAGAUGCAAAGCCCAUUCAACCCCAAGCAGACCAAUCUAAGUGGAGAGUUGUUUUGCCUGGCAAGAAGAGGUCUACUCCAGCUGGUCCAAAGCAGCAGAGAUCAUCUUCAAAGAUAAUUCGUCUUCAUGAGGCCGAAGUCUGCUUUGAAGUAAAUCCUAAAUACUUCCAUGAAGAUCUGCUGCAUAUCUUGGAAAAAGACAGUACUGGAUGUCCAGAUGUGCUUUCACCAGAUGUCCAACACAAAAAGGUGGUAAAACCUGAAGGAAAGCCAGAGUCCUCUGGAAAAGAGAAAAGUGUUGUUAACAUGCAGGGACAGGCAGCAACAAUCCAGAAACCUCCUGCCACUACCACAGCACCAAUAAAGGAGCAAGUGAUCAUGCCCUCUGAUGAUCAUGAAUGGCCAACACUUGCAGAGAGUUUAAAGACAUCUCACAUUCAUCAAAAAGGCUCACGUGGCACACUGAUGUCUCGUUAUCAGAAGUACCUGAAGGACUGCAGUGUUGUCCUUCAAAAGCUGAACGUGAAAACUGGUGACGCCAUUGUGCCAUCACCAGCUCCCAAUGGCAAAACGUAUGCAGCUGCUCUCCAAAACCGAAGAUCUGUUUCACACACAGAUGUCACCAAGGACCAGGUUUGCUGUCAGUCCCAGGAGCAUUUGAAAGACUGCUCUGAGGUUCUACACCAUCUCCGCAUGAACGACAAAUGCAGUGUUCCAUCGCCUGUACCAAAAGGCAAAACGAACGCAGAUGCUCUCCAAGACCAAGGACCUGUUGACCUGGGAGAUGUUACAAAGCAACAGGAAUGUAAGGAGAAGGAGACGAGUGUUCAACCUGAGAAGUUCCAUGAUGCUCCUGGUGCUGCAGCUUCAAGUGCUACCACUGCAUCUUCCUCAUCAAAUCAGGAAAAAUUACCCACAGAGCACACAUUCCAUCAUCACAAGUUCUCUUUGGAAUACAUGCAGACCUUCACAGGAAAUCUUCAUCAGCAGAUUUACCAUGAAGAUGUUUCCGAUUUUGCCAUGCCUUUGGACGUUGCAUUACAGAGAGCUACAUUUGACAAUGACGGCUGUCUGUUUACAAUUAGUAGAAACACAUGUGCGGUUUUGAAAGAACAAUCUCAGUUUUCUGUUUUUGAUCCACAUUCACGUGGUCAUGAUGGUCUCUGGCAGUUGAAUGGCACAAGCAUAGUAGCACACUUUGAUACUUUAGACCAAGUUUAUACACAUUUAAUCAAUCUCUCUCACUCUUUGUGUGCUGACAAUGCAAAUGAAGAGGACACAGCUUUUGAAAUGACCGGUGUUAAGGUGACUGCUCAAUCUAUGAGUAAACCUAUCCAAAGUAAAACUGCUUCUUGCCAAAAUGAUGUAGAGUUAAUCAGUGGAAAUGAUGAUAGUUUUGAUGAUGAUACGUUUGAUCAGUUAGUAGUUGAAGAGAUUGAAGAUGUUGCAGUCAGUGACACAUCUGAGUCUCUUUCUGAAUCUCCAUCUCAUUCCUUACCAAAGGGUGGACAAAAUGGUGUCCAUGGACCUGUGACUUGUGUUCCAUCUAAUACAGAAACUGUGAGUAACAUUCUACCCAGAUUAGAUGAUCAGAAUCUAAUGAUUAAAGUCAAACUCAAGCGAAAGCUGACAUACAAGGGUCACUAUGACUAUCAGUAUGUCAACGCUCUGAAAGUACAUAAUGCAAUUGCAUACCUUAAAUCUCACAAUACUUUUUACAAAGAUGUACAAUUUAACAGUGCAUGGACAAAUCCCCUAGAAAAAGAUUCUGAAAACUCUACCUCUGAAACUGACAACGUCACUUUGGAAGAAGACAGCAAUAGAGCUGAAAUAGAGUGUGAACAUCCUGGCAAAGGAAAUGGCAGUGGCACCGAGGUAGAGUCUGAAGAUCUUGUUAGCGAUGAUCAUUUUAAUGAUAGACAACAGCAUGGGAUGUUUUUGGACACAUGUAUGCAACCAGUAGACAUUGCCCAAGAAAUACUAGACAACCAUUUUGACAGUGUUUUAUCAGUAGCACCAGCUGAGGGAAAUACUCCAGUCAGAUUGCUUACCGAUACUUCUAAUGAGGCUAAAUGCUUUCCAGUUCUGUUUCCCAAUGGAACAGGUACAUUUCAUGAUGCAAGAGAGCAAAGGAUUACACUCAGCAAAUAUUUAAACACCCGAAUUCUCAAUGCUGAUGGCAGAUUUGGCAAGAACUUGGAUUAUAUCUUUUAUGCGCAAUAUUUGUCAGAAGUUAAUCAAGUUGUGUCAAAUGUUUCCAUUGCACUGAGAAAGGGCUACCAUGGCGUAGACAACACCAACAUUACAUCAUCCAUGCUGGGCAAUACAGACUUUUUGAAGAAUGUUUUAAAUGCUGACAUGGGCUAUAAGUUUUUGAAGCCCAUUAGAGGUACACCAGUAUUUUGGCAGGGAGUUCAAAAAGAUCUGUUUGCUUACGUUAGACAACUUGGCAUUCCAACAUGGUUUGCUUCCUUUUCUUCAGCAGAUUUAAGAUGGCCAGAAUUUAUGGAAGCUUUUAUGGCUAUAGAAAAUAUUCAAGGCAAUAUUCAUGACAUGGACUGGGCACAGAAAUGUGACUUAUUGAAAAACAAUCCAGUGACAGCAGCCAGAAUGUUUGACAAUAGAUUUAGAUCUUUUUUAAAAGAUGUUAUCAUGUCUCCCGCUCAGCCAAUUGGUAAAAUCAUUGAUUAUUUUUAUAGAGUAGAGUUUCAGCAACGUGGAUCAUGUCACACUCAUUGUCUAUUUUGGACCGACGGGCCUAAAAUAGGAGUCAACACAGACGCUGAAGUCAUAGCUUUUGUAGAUAAAUAUGUUACAUGCGACCUCCCACCUGACAGUGACCCUCUCCAUGAAGUGGUACAUAGUGUUCAAAUGCAUAGCAAAAAACACUCUAAAAGUUGCAGAAAAAAUCACACAACUUGCAGGUUUCACUUUCCCCGACCACCAAGCAACAAUACAUUCAUAUGCACACAGGAAACAGAUGUUGACAAUAAGGAAAACCCAUCUGACAAAACAUCUUCAGAUUUAAAAAAGGCAGCCAAGCAUAUCAUGACCAAAGUUAAAGAAGCUUUGACCAGUGAAAACAACACAUUUAGUAGCAUAGAUGACUUGUUUAAUUCCAUUGGUAUUGACCAGACUACAUUUGAAACAGUCUACAAAUUGACCUCUACAAAAACAACUGUCGUCCAUAAACGAAACAUAAACGACAUCUGGGUUAACCAGUAUAACACAGACCUGCUACGUUGCUGGAAUGCAAACAUGGACAUCCAGUUUGUCUGUGAUGCAUAUGCAUGCAUUGUUUAUAUCAUUUCCUACAUAUCCAAAGCAGAAAGAGAAAUGGGUUUGCUAUUAAAACAUGCACAAAAUGAAAUCAAACAUAAUGAAAACCUGGAUGCAAAACAAGCGCUUAACAAAUUAGGGAAUGUGUUUCUGCAUAACAGAGAAGUUUCUGCUCAAGAAAGUGUGUAUCGGGUAACAAACAUGAGAUUAAAAGAGGGCUCUAGAAAAGUCACAUUUGUUCCAACAGGUGACAACAUUGUCAGAAUGAGCUUACCUCUUAAUGUCAUUCAAAACAGUGCUAAUGGUAAUCAGAUCUGGAUGACAAACAUUACUGAUCGAUACAAAAGCAGGCCUAAGUCCAGUGAAUUUAUGGACAUGUGCAUAGCUACUUUUGCCUCAGAAUACAGAAAUGUACCAAACAGUGAGAAAUCUAGACCAGAAGUGGUAAGUUUAUUAAACAACAAUGGUUGUGUAAGGAAGCGGACAAGGACAAAUGUAGCUGUUGUUAGAUAUGCUCGUUUUUCUAAAGAACAAGAUCCUGAGAAACACUAUCAAAGCCAGCUUCAGUUGUUCCUUCCUUAUUACACGGAAAACCAGUUAAAACCAUCACAAUUUACAACAUUUCAAGAGUUUUAUGAGACCGGCUCAAUCACAAACAGUAGUAAAAACAUCCAGUCUGUCAAAGACGUAGUAGAAUUCAACAGAUCCAAGUUUGAAAUCAAAGCAGAAGAUUUACAAAACAUACAGGAAGAUAUUGAACACUUUGGAUUUCAAGAAGAUGUUUGGGCAGAGCUGUGUCCUGAGGCAGAACUAGACCGAUUAGAAUGUUUGGAAGACAGAUCUUUAGAUAACAAUCCAAAUCCUGGUGAACAAGAAGUUAUUCCAGAUCUAGAGCCAAUCACAAAACCAGCUUUAUCAUUUCACAUUCAAAAACAGAUAGUCUCACACAAGGAAGCACAAUCCUUAAUGCGUUCUCUAAAUCAGCAGCAGAGCAACGUGUUUUAUAAAAUCCGGCAGUGGUGCUUAGAUAAAGUAAACGGUCACAAUCCAAGCCCUUUUUAUGUUUUCAUUUCAGGUGGCGCGGGAACAGGCAAGUCCCAUUUGGUAAAAGCCGUGUCCUAUGAAACAACCAGAAUACUAUCCAGAUUAUCUAAUUAUCCUGAUGAUAUUCAUGUUUUAUUGACUGCCCCCACUGGAGUGGCUGCAUUAAAUAUCAAUGCCACAACAAUACAUAAUAGCUUUGCAAUUGGCAAUAAUAUUUCAUUACCAUACCAACCUUUAAGAGAGGAAAAAAUAAACACAUUAAGAGCAACCCUGAAACAUUUACAAAUCUUGAUAAUAGAUGAAAUCUCAAUGGUUGAUAACAAGCUUUUAACAUAUAUCCAUGGUAGACUGCGUCAGAUCAAACAGUGUUCAGACUUUUCUUCAUUUGGUAAUGUCUCCGUCAUAGCUGUUGGUGAUUUUUAUCAGUUGCCACCUGUCAAAGGGACUCCACUCUACAAGGACCCCAUUGGUUCCAAUUUGUGGCAAAACAGUUUCAGUCAUGUAGAACUCACAGACAUAGUACGACAGAAAAACAAAGACUUUGCUGUAACACUUAACCGUUUAAGGAAACACAAAAAAGACCAACCACUUCACCCACAAGACGAAGCACUUCUCAAACGAUGUGAAACAGGCAUGGGUGAAGACACUGAAAUUCUACAUCUUUUUGCAACAAACAGUGAUGUUGAUAAUCAUAACUUCAACAUGUUGCAUAAACAAUGUACAGACAUUGUACAAAUCAAAGCCCAAGAUUUCCAUAAAAACCCUCAGACUGGCCGUACCACUAGAAUACCCUCAACACUUGAUUUUGGCAAGAAAACCUAUUUAGAUAAAUUACUAAGUAUUGCUCCUAAAGCUCGUGUAAUGCUCAUUAAAAACAUCGAUGUUUCUGAUGGACUUGUCAAUGGUGUGUUUGGUACUGUUUGUCGCAUACAAUUUCUAGGUAACAAUAGCUUCCCACACAUCAUUUAUGUUAACUUUGAUAACCCAAGUAUAGGCCAACAACUACGACACAAGUUUCCAACUUCAGACACCGAGCUGACUAAUGCUACACCAAUUAGUCCCGAUGAAGAUAAACUUGAAAAGGGGGUUAGACGUCAAUUUCCACUGCGGCUGGCUUGGUCUUGCACCAUACAUAAAGUCCAAGGCCUAACACUACAGAAAGCAGUAGUCUCUUUUAAAAGGAUUUUUUCUGCUGGACAAGCAUAUGUAGCUUUAAGUCGUGUUACAUCACUAGAACACCUCACUAUCCAAGAUUUUAAAGCUAAAGCAAUCUAUGCAAGAAGUGAUGUGGAAGAAAACUUGAAAUUAAUGCCAAACUUUAUCGACACACCAGUUUCAAUGCCAAACUGCACUUUUAAAGUCUGUCUUCAUAAUGUGCAAGGUCUCAAAAAUCACAUACAGGAUGUCAAGAGCAACCAAAAACUACUCACAGCCGAUAUAAUUUGUCUGACAGAAACUUGGUUAAAAGAAACACAUCCCCCUGAAAGCAUUUCACUGCCAGGUUGGACUUUUCACCACAAAACAAGAUCUGACUCAUACGAUGAAACUGGACUAUUUUCUACAUUCAGAAGCAAAAAUGGUGGUGGUGUUGGUUUCUAUCACAAAAACAGCAUUAUGUGUAAAAGUAUGGCUUUCAAUUGCAACAACCUGGAAGCUUUGCUUUUUAGCACACAGACUUUAAACCAUCAUUAUAUGCUGUUGUACAAACCACCAUCAUAUAACCUUCAGAAAUUCAAAGACAAUCUACAACCUGUACUGCAUUAUUUCAAUGAAUUUCCAGGAACCAAAAUAGUCAUGGGUGACAUGAAUGACGAUGCACUGGUUUCUAAUUCAUUUGUCAGCUUCAUGAAAUUGCAAGGAUACACUCAAAUAGUAACAAGUCCAACAACCGAAAAUAAUACUCUAAUUGAUCAUGUUUACAUCAAAGACAUUGAUCCCAAAACCAUACAUGUAGAAGUUAUUCCCACCUAUUACAGUUACCAUGAAUGUAUUCAAAUAUCAUUCUUGACAGGAACAGACACAGACAUACAGUUACAGGAACUGGGGACAGACAGACAGGGACUGCAGGACAAAUUGCCUCAAGGGGAAAGACAGACAAUCACAGAUAGAUGGACAGGUGGACACCAGAGCUGACCAUAACAAAUUACACAUAGAGGUCCGUUUCAUUCAUACAAAAUCAAUGUUGCUUCAAAAUCAUCUAAAGUUAUUUGGACUCAUAUACAUAUAUACCAUACCAUACCUUACCAUUUAAUGUACAUAAAGCAUGUGAAAUACACUUUUUAUUCAUAAAAAAGUGUAUGACAGUAUCACACUUACUUGUGGUUUUGAUAAUGGACACUUGAAAUGUUACUUUGUGUUGUGCCAUCACUGUUUCAAUGUAUAAAAAUGUAUCCAUUUAGAUAUUCACAAAUUCACUUAUUCUAGUACUAUUUUUAUUUUCCUUUGUUAAAGACUUCAUUUUACAGCACUCUUCUUUUUUUCAAUCUCCACUAGGAACAAUCACCCACCAGAUGAAAUUCCUGAAACAACACAACCGAAAUCUGCCGAAUCAGCAACCAUCAUGUGACCACGCCGCCUGCCUGUCGUCCUGUUUGCUUCCCAGCCUGCCUAACUACCAGCCUCUGGACCUGCAUCAUAUCCUGCCUUGCAACCUGUUUCCUCAUCCCAUCCUGGAUCCUCAUUCCCUGCUGCUUGUCUGUCCCUACCUGGCCCCAAAGCCCCAGCCCUGCCUCACCAAGACCGAUCAUCUCCAAUCUUGACCCCUCCUAUUCCAGUUUGGAGCACCGUUUUCAGUUUCACAUUGUUCUUAAUAAAUAUUAUUUGUUAUUCACUUGCCAUAGUUUCCAUCUGUGAUUUUUUUCAUGUCCUGGGUAAAACAUUCCCAACGUGACACUUUGCCUCAGAAUGCCCUUCUGCCACUUUGCUAUACAUUGUGUAACACAUCAUUUGUACAUUUACAUAUGUAGAUAACAAUAAAGUGUUUUCUGUA